GUCAUUUUAACUUAUUUACAUCAAAAAAUAUUUUGUUUUUCCAAACUGACAUUGCCCAGAGGACGCUAAUAUGCGGAUGUUUGAUUUCGAAUCCAGGGUUUCUGUUGCUGUGUUUGGACAUUUAGUGCAGUAACAAACGUCAAACUCUGAAUAUGAGAGUUAGUGGGAAGAUACAAAUUAUUCGUAGGGACGGUACUAGUGGAGAGCCAUGUAAUUGGCAUACCGAUAAAUGUACAAUUGGCAGCAAAACAGAUAGUGACAUACGAAUUCAACACCCAUCAGUGGCUUCUAAACAUUGUGAGCUGCACUUGUUAGACAAUGGUCAAGUUAUGGCCGUCAGCAGAGUGAACGAAGAUUAUAUAAUGCUCGUGGACAAUAUCCCACUAGAAGACUCGUGUAUGUUAUCCAACAAUUCAGUGCUGACUGUUGGAGAGCGUCAGAUACGAUUCAUGUACCCGCCGGGAGUUACAAUUAACGCGAGUAUGCCUGAGCUUGUCAAGAAGACACCAAAGCAACUUGUCAAAGAUGGAGCACAAUGUACUCCUGACUCUCUACCAUUUGUUUAUCAACCCAAACGAACAGCCUCUGUAAAUCGACCAGCCACACCUGUCACUCGCUCACCCCGACCAAGAUCUGCUACUCCAAAGAGAACCCUAGGGACUAGUGAACGUUAUGGUCCCGUUCCUCCGCGUCAACCUGCUACCCCACCAAUAAUUCAAGUACUAAGACAUGAAGCAACCUCAUCACAAUCCAAAAUCCAGUCAUCAUUGCAAACUCCACUGAAUAGAUUCACAAAGCAAAGCUCGAUGGAAAAAAGUAGAUUUGAUAACUUUAGAAAUACUGGACCAUGCAAAUCAGAGAAAAAAGAUCAUUUAAAGUUUUACACUGCAUCUAAUUUUCCACCUUUAACAUCAUCCACUCCGGGUGGUAUGUGUUCAUCAACGAAUCUGAGGUCUAAUCAAGGUAUUCACAGUCUAGUUUCACCUACACCAUCUGCCAAUCAUCUCAAGUCUACAGUCGUGGAGAAAAACUUUUCACCUGGAUUGAAUAAAAUUUUACACAAACAGCUUAUCGUGAACGAAUCAUCUAACCUCUCAAAACUCGGGAGAACUGACAACCCUGGUAAUACCUCAAAUCAAAUAAAAAAUCAAUGUGAUAUUAGCAAGAUAUCACUAUGUCAUGGUCGAAAAAAUCAAUCAUAUCUAAAUGAGCCAGAAACUUUCCAUACCGCCGGAAACCCUUCAGAAUGUCUUACCGAAUCAGUUAAUUCGACUUCCUUAAGAUCCAUGAAAAGGAAACUACCUCUAAAUACAUCGAAGAGUGUCAAUGUUUUUUCAGCUGCUACAGAUUUGGAGUCUGACUAUCAUGGUAACGAGAAUGGACCUGUCAUCCAGGAUGAAAACUAUUCUAGUACAGGGAAACAAAUUGCCAUAAAACGAAAAAGAGGUGUUUCGUUUGGACCACCGCUUAGCCCCGAGCAAUUUGACAAAUCCUUACCUCCUUCCACUCCCGUUAAGCGCGGAGAGACGCCACUAACCAAAAUUAAUCAUAUCACACCUGCAAAUGCUACAUUCAAAACCAAUCCUGAUUUUUCUUCACGUCCAUUAACUCCGUUUCCUUCCAAAUCGAAAUCAACGAGGUCCCAGCUUUCCGUUUUUUCUGAAAACACAUUCAACUCCCCAUCUUAUUAUACAACCAGUAACAGAAUUUCUGCUGUUAUCUCAUUGCCUCCUACACCUGACACUAAUCUGCUAGACUCUGUUGACACAAAAUUUACAUGUUCUCCUGGAAGUUACAUUGAAAACCCUGUUUUAACUGCAACAUAUUCUGCGCCAGUCAAAAAAUCGUCUGCAUAUCAAAAAGCAUUGAGAAGACGUUCUCUUAACUUCACUGGGUCGACAGAAAAAAUCCCUUCGCUACGUGCGCCACCAACCACUCCCGUGUCUAUGGCAUUACUUUCAAGAUCUACAAGUAAAGCAAACAGUUACGUAUCCCCCUUUGAAUAUGAAAGCCUCGUGUUGACAUCACCUAGAUACCGCUCCCGUCAAAGCGAAAAUCCGUUGUUGCUAUCGCCCAACAACACGAAGCAAGACGAUGGUAGAACUCAUGUGUUACCAACACAACAAGCUAGCAACACAUCUACUAAGACGAACAAACCACGACAAUCUACCCGAUAUUCACUUCCAUUGUACAACAAACAAGAGAUCAUCUCAAACAAAACAACAAAACAGCUCACAUUAACAACCAUCAAAAAUCCAGAAAAUGCCUCUUCCCAACGACAUCCACAAGCCUCCUCCAAAAGCCAUUCCAAUGGUCAGCACACCGAAACUACAGGAACUAGUGGCCAUCCAUCGUUCGUUCUUAAUGACGACAAUAUAACCCCGAAUAAGACAUUAUCGUCGGUAUCUACAGCUGAUGUUGUUGGUCUCAGUGGUGUGAAGAAGCUGAUGAAGACUCCGAAGUCAGUGUAUACACCGCGAGUAUCUGGUGUUGGUGAUUUGUUUGUUGAGAAGUCGAGCUCGAAGCGAGGUCGUGGUCGUCCAUCGUCGGUUCCACCUGAAAUUAGUCCUGAUGAUGAGAGUGCAACACCGAGGAAGAGAUUAUCGUCGGUAUCUACAGCUGAUGUUGUUGGUCUCAGUGGUGUGAAGAAGCUGAUGAAGACUCCGAAGUCAGUGUAUACACCGCGAGUAUCUGGUGUUGGUGAUUUGUUUGUUGAGAAGUCGAGCUCGAAGCGAGGUCGUGGUCGUCCAUCGUCGGUUCCACUUGCAAUUGUUUCUGAUGAUGAGAGUGCAACACCGAGGAAGAGAUUAUCGUCGGUAUCUACAGCUGAUGUUGUUGGUCUCAGUGAUGUGAAGAAGCUGAUGAAGACUCCGAAGUCAGUGUAUACACCGCGAGUAUCUGGUGUUGGUGAUUUGUUUGUUGAGAAGUCGAGCUCGAAGCGAGGUCGUGGUCGUCCAUCGUCGGUUCCACUUGCAAUUGUUUCUGAUGAUGAGAGUGCAACACCGAGGAAGAGAUUAUCGUCGGUAUCUACAGCUGAUGUUGUUGGUCUCAGUGGUGUGAAGAAGCUGAUGAAGACUCCGAAGUCAGUGUAUACACCGCGAGUAUCUGGUGUUGGUGAUUUGUUUGUUGAGAAGUCGAGCUCGAAGCGAGGUCGUGGUCGUCCAUCGUCGAUUCCACCUGAAAUUAGUCCUGAUGAUGAGAGUGCAACACCGAGGAAGAGAUUAUCGUCGGUAUCUACAGCUGAUGUUGUUGGUCUCAGUGGUGUGAAGAAGCUGAUGAAGACUCCGAAGUCAGUGUAUACACCGCGAGUAUCUGGUGUUGGUGAUUUGUUUGUUGAGAAGUCGAGCUCGAAGCGAGGUCGUGGUCGUCCAUCGUCGAUUCCACCUGAGAUUAGUCCUGAUGAUGAGAGUGCAACACCGAGGAAGAGAUUAUCGUCGGUAUCUACAGCUGAUGUUGUUGGUCUCAGUGAUGUGAAGAAGCUGAUGAAGACUCCGAAGUCAGUGUAUACACCGCGAGUAUCUGGUGUUGGUGAUUUGUUUGUUGAGAAGUCGAGCUCGAAGCGAGGUCGUGGUCGUCCAUCGUCGAUUCCACCUGAGAUUAGUCCUGAUGAUGAGAGUGCAACACCGAGGAAGAGAUUAUCGUCGGUAUCUACAGCUGAUGUUGUUGGUCUCAGUGGUGUGAAGAAGCUGAUGAAGACUCCGAAGUCAGUGUAUACACCGCGAGUAUCUGGUGUUGGUGAUUUGUUUGUUGAGGAGUCGAGCUCGAAGCGAGGUCGUGGUCGUCCAUCGUCGGUUCCACCUGAAAUUAGUCCUGAUGAUGAGAGUGCAACACCGAGGAAGAGAUUAUCGUCGGUAUCUACAGCUGAUGUUGUUGGUCUCAGUGAUGUGAAGAAGCUGAUGAAGACUCCGAAGUCAGUGUAUACACCGCGAGUAUCUGGUGUUGGUGAUUUGUUUGUUGAGAAGUCGAGCUCGAAGCGAGGUCGUGGUCGUCCAUCGUCGAUUCCACCUGAAAUUAGUCCUGAUGAUGAGAGUGCAACACCGAGGAAGAGAUUAUCGUCGGUAUCUACAGCUGAUGUUGUUGGUCUCAGUGGUGUGAAGAAGCUGAUGAAGACUCCGAAGUCAGUGUAUACACCGCGAGUAUCUGGUGUUGGUGAUUUGUUUGUUGAGAAGUCGAGCUCGAAGCGAGGUCGUGGUCGUCCAUCGUCGGUUCCACUUGCAAUUGUUUCUGAUAAUGAGAGUGCAACACCGAGGAAGAGAUUAUCGUCGGUAUCUACAGCUGAUGUUGUUGGUCUCAGUGAUGUGAAGAAGCUGAUGAAGACUCCGAAGUCAGUGUAUACACCGCGAGUAUCUGGUGUUGGUGAUUUGUUUGUUGAGAAGUCGAGCUCGAAGCGAGGUCGUGGUCGUCCAUCGUCGGUUCCACUUGCAAUUGUUUCUGAUGAUGAGAGUGCAACACCGAGGAAGAGAUUAUCGUCGGUAUCUACAGCUGAUGUUGUUGGUCUCAGUGGUGUGAAGAAGCUGAUGAAGACUCCGAAGUCAGUGUAUACACCGCGAGUAUCUGGUGUUGGUGAUUUGUUUGUUGAGAAGUUGAGCUCGAAGCGAGGUCGUGGUCGUCCAUCGUCGAUUCCACCUGAAAUUAGUCCUGAUGAUGAGAGUGCAACACCGAGGAAGAGAUUAUCGUCGGUAUCUACAGCUGAUGUUGUUGGUCUCAGUGAUGUGAAGAAGCUGAUGAAGACUCCGAAGUCAGUGUAUACACCGCGAGUAUCUGGUGUUGGUGAUUUGUUUGUUGAGGAGUCGAGCUCGAAGCGAGGUCGUGGUCGUCCAUCGUCGGUUCCACCUGAAAUUAGUCCUGAUGAUGAGAGUGCAACACCGAGGAAGAGAUUAUCGUCGGUAUCUACAGCUGAUGUUGUUGGUCUCAGUGAUGUGAAGAAGCUGAUGAAGACUCCGAAGUCAGUGUAUACACCGCGAGUAUCUGGUGUUGGUGAUUUGUUUGUUGAGGAGUCGAGCUCGAAGCGAGGUCGUGGUCGUCCAUCGUCGGUUCCACCUGAAAUUAGUCCUGAUGAUGAGAGUGCAACACCGAGGAAGAGAUUAUCGUCGGUAUCUACAGCUGAUGUUGUUGGUCUCAGUGAUGUGAAGAAGCUGAUGAAGACUCCGAAGUCAGUGUAUACACCGCGAGUAUCUGGUGUUGGUGAUUUGUUUGUUGAGAAGUCGAGCUCGAAGCGAGGUAGUGGUCGUCCAUCGUCGAUUCCACCUGAAAUUAGUCCUGAUGAUGAGAGUGCAACACCGAGGAAGAGAUUAUCGUCGGUAUCUACAGCUGAUGUUGUUGGUCUCAGUGGUGUGAAGAAGCUGAUGAAGACUCCGAAGUCAGUGUAUACACCGCGAGUAUCUGGUGUUGGUGAUUUGUUUGUUGAGAAGUCGAGCUCGAAGCGAGGUCGUGGUCGUCCAUCGUCGAUUCCACCUGAGAUUAGUCCUGAUGAUGAGAGUGCAACACCGAGGAAGAGAUUAUCGUCGGUAUCUACAGCUGAUGUUGUUGGUCUCAGUGAUGUGAAGAAGCUGAUGAAGACUCCGAAGUCAGUGUAUACACCGCGAGUAUCUGGUGUUGGUGAUUUGUUUGUUGAGGAGUCGAGCUCGAAGCGAGGUCGUGGUCGUCCAUCGUCGGUUCCACCUGAGAUUAGUCCUGAUGAUGAGAGUGCAACACCGAGGAAGAGAUUAUCGUCGGUAUCUACAGCUGAUGUUGUUGGUCUCAGUGGUGUGAAGAAGCUGAUGAAGACUCCGAAGUCAGUGUAUACACCGCGAGUAUCUGGUGUUGGUGAUUUGUUUGUUGAGAAGUCGAGCUCGAAGCGAGGUCGUGGUCGUCCAUCGUCGGUUCCACUUGCAAUUGUUUCUGAUGAUGAGAGUGCAACACCGAGGAAGAGAUUAUCGUCGGUAUCUACAGCUGAUGUUGUUGGUCUCAGUGAUGUGAAGAAGCUGAUGAAGACUCCGAAGUCAGUGUAUACACCGCGAGUAUCUGGUGUUGGUGAUUUGUUUGUUGAGAAGUCGAGCUCGAAGCGAGGUCGUGGUCGUCCAUCGUCGGUUCCACCUGAAAUUAGUCCUGAUGAUGAGAGUGCAACACCGAGGAAGAGAUUAUCGUCGGUAUCUACAGCUGAUGUUGUUGGUCUCAGUGAUGUGAAGAAGCUGAUGAAGACUCCGAAGUCAGUGUAUACACCGCGAGUAUCUGGUGUUGGUGAUUUGUUUGUUGAGAAGUUGAGCUCGAAGCGAGGUCGUGGUCGUCCAUCGUCGAUUCCACCUGAAAUUAGUCCUGAUGAUGAGAGUGCAACACCGAGGAAGAGAUUAUCGUCGGUAUCUACAGCUGAUGUUGUUGGUCUCAGUGAUGUGAAGAAGCUGAUGAAGACUCCGAAGUCAGUGUAUACACCGCGAGUAUCUGGUGUUGGUGAUUUGUUUGUUGAGAAGUCGAGCUCGAAGCGAGGUCGUGGUCGUCCAUCGUCGAUUCCACCUGAGAUUAGUCCUGAUGAUGAGAGUGCAACACCGAGGAAGAGAUUAUCGUCGGUAUCUACAGCUGAUGUUGUUGGUCUCAGUGGUGUGAAGAAGCUGAUGAAGACUCCGAAGUCAGUGUAUACACCGCGAGUAUCUGGUGUUGGUGAUUUGUUUGUUGAGAAGUCGAGCUCGAAGCGAGGUCGUGGUCGUCCAUCGUCGAUUCCACCUGAGAUUAGUCCUGAUGAUGAGAGUGCAACACCGAGGAAGAGAUUAUCGUCGGUAUCUACAGCUGAUGUUGUUGGUCUCAGUGAUGUGAAGAAGCUGAUGAAGACUCCGAAGUCAGUGUAUACACCGCGAGUAUCUGGUGUUGGUGAUUUGUUUGUUGAGAAGUCGAGCUCGAAGCGAGGUCGUGGUCGUCCAUCGUCGAUUCCACCUGAGAUUAGUCCUGAUGAUGAGAGUGCAACACCGAGGAAGAGAUUAUCGUCGGUAUCUACAGCUGAUGUUGUUGGUCUCAGUGGUGUGAAGAAGCUGAUGAAGACUCCGAAGUCAGUGUAUACACCGCGAGUAUCUGGUGUUGGUGAUUUGUUUGUUGAGAAGUCGAGCUCGAAGCGAGGUCGUGGUCGUCCAUCGUCGGUUCCACCUGAAAUUAGUCCUGAUGAUGAGAGUGCAACACCGAGGAAGAGAUUAUCGUCGGUAUCUACAGCUGAUGUUGUUGGUCUCAGUGAUGUGAAGAAGCUGAUGAAGACUCCGAAGUCAGUGUAUACACCGCGAGUAUCUGGUGUUGGUGAUUUGUUUGUUGAGAAGUCGAGCUCGAAGCGAGGUCGUGGUCGUCCAUCGUCGGUUCCACUUGCAAUUGUUUCUGAUAAUGAGAGUGCAACACCGAGGAAGAGAUUAUCGUCGGUAUCUACAGCUGAUGUUGUUGGUCUCAGUGAUGUGAAGAAGCUGAUGAAGACUCCGAAGUCAGUGUAUACACCGCGAGUAUCUGGUGUUGGUGAUUUGUUUGUUGAGAAGUCGAGCUCGAAGCGAGGUCGUGGUCGUCCAUCGUCGGUUCCACUUGCAAUUGUUUCUGAUGAUGAGAGUGCAACACCGAGGAAGAGAUUAUCGUCGGUAUCUACAGCUGAUGUUGUUGGUCUCAGUGGUGUGAAGAAGCUGAUGAAGACUCCGAAGUCAGUGUAUACACCGCGAGUAUCUGGUGUUGGUGAUUUGUUUGUUGAGAAGUCGAGCUCGAAGCGAGGUCGUGGUCGUCCAUCGUCGGUUCCACCUGAGAUUAGUCCUGAUGAUGAGAGUGCAACACCGAGGAAGAGAUUAUCGUCGGUAUCUACAGGUGAUGUUGGAAACGUAACGCGGAAAAGUGACGCGAUGUCUAAGGCUUUCGGCGGAAAGCGGAAACCGGAGACUAACAGUGCAGUUGUGGUCAAUGUAGGUGAGAAGGCACCUAAUGAAAGAACUGAGUCGCCAGCUGAACGUGUUACGAGAAAGCGAAAUGUGGAGGCUAACAACGAAGUGAGGGUCAAUGAAGGACGGAGGAUACCUACUGAUAGAACUGAGUCCCCAGCUAAACGUGUUACGAGAAGGCUGAAAUUGGAGACUGACAGCGAAAUGAGGAGGAAUGAAGGACAGAAGAUGCCUACUGAUAGAGCUGAGUCGCCAGCUAAACGUGUUACGAGAAGGCGGAAAGUGGAGACUAACAGUGCAGUUGUAGUCUCUGAAGGUGAGAAAACACUUACUGAAAGAACUGAGUCUCCAGCUAAACGUGUUACGAGAAAGCGAAAUGUGGAGGCUAACAACGAAGUGAGGUUCAAUGAAGGAGAGAAGAUACCUACUGAUACAACUGAGUCACCGGCUAAACGUGUUACGAGAAAGCGAAAUGUGGAGGCUAACAACGAAGUGAGGGUCAAUGAAGGACAGAAGAUACCUACUGAUACAACUGAGUCACCAGCUAAACGUGUUACGAGAAGGCGGAAAGUGGAGACUAACAGUGCAGUUGUAGUCUCUGAAGGUGAGAAAACACCUACUGAAAGAACUGAGUCGCCAGCUAAACGUGUUACGAGAAAGCGAAAUGUGGAGGCUAACAACGAAGUGAGGUUCAAUGAAGGAGAGAAGAUACCUACUGAUACAACUGAGUCGCCAGCUAAACGUGUUACGAGAAGGCGGAAAGUGGAGACUAACAGCGAAAUGAGGGUCAAUGAAGGACAGAAGAUGCCUACUGAUAGAACUGAGUCGCCAGCUAAACGUGUUACGAGAAGGCGAAAUGUGGAGACUAACAACGAAGUGAGGGUCAAUGAAGGACGGAAGAUACCUACUGAUACAACUGUGUCACCAGCUAAACGUGUUACGAGAAAGCGAAAUGUGGAGACUAACAACGAAGUGAGGGUCAAUGAAGGACGGAAGAUACCUACUGAUACAACUGAGUCACCAGCUAAACGUGUUACGAGAAGGCGGAAAGUGGAGACUAACAGUGCAGUUGUAGUCUCUGAAGGUGAGAAAACACCUACUGAAAGAACUGAGUCGCCAGCUAAACGUGUUACGAGAAAGCGAAAUGUGGAGGCUAACAACGAAGUGAGGUUCAAUGAAGGAGAGAAGAUACCUACUGAUACAACUGAGUCACCGGCUAAACGUGUUACGAGAAAGCGAAAUGUGGAGGCUAACAACGAAGUGAGGUUCAAUGAAGGAGAGAAGAUACCUACUGAUACAACUGAGUCACCAGCUAAACGUAUUACGAGAAAGCGAAAAGUGGAGACUAACAGUGCAGUUGCAGUAAAUAAGAAACAGAGAAAGCUUCCUGAUACAGCAAAAUCUCCAACUGCAGUCCGUAUAACUCGAUCAAGGUCAUGAUAAAUAUCUUCUAGAAAGAGGCGUUUAUUUGGUUUAAUUUCUAUGUAUGUAUACUUUAGGAAAAAUAGCUAUUUAUCUUGCGUGGUUUUUCGCCUUAUCAAAUAAUUCAGUGCUAGUAUAAUAACUACGGAUACGGUGUUCUCCCUAACCAUCUUUUGUCAUCCAUUGCUUUAUAUAAUCCUGAUUACCAUGAUGCAGUUUAUUCCUUAUUAUUUUUCCUUUAUUUUCUUAUUAUAUACAUAUGAUGUUAGUAAUAUUGAUAUAUAUAUGUAUAGUCCCAAUAUUUUAUUCAAUUUUUCAAAUGUAAUAUUUUACCUGUUUUUGUUACAUAUGCAUACAUGUAUAUUAUUUACUGUUACGUAGUAGUUCUUGCGAUAAAUCCUUGUUCUAGACCAAAAAAAAAUGUUAUCUAGGUAGGUGCUUUCUGCCAAGUUACGCCAUAUCCAGCGUAGACGUGAUAUCCUGCGGUCUAUCGAACAAAGGGUGUGUGUACUGCUCACCACCAACCAGUAUACUCUGUCCAACCUUAUGGUUGUGAGACCUGGCCAUUGAAAGUAGAGAACAUGCAAAG